AUUAAGAUAUUUCAUUUCGUUUUCACAACACUGUUUCAGAACGUCAAAAUUAGAUUAUAGUCACUGGUUGAUGUGAGCAGAAGUGAUAAUAAAUAAAUAAAAUAAAAUAAAAGCUACGUUAAUUUGAUUAAUAUUUAAUAAUUUAGUUUAAUAUUGAAGUAGACAUUUUUCCGGCGCGAAAUAUAAUUCAUAAUAUUUUUUUAGUUUAUUGUGGUUACUUUAGUGUGCGCAGAAAUAUCAAGAUCAGCCAUGCCUUCAAGUGCAGUCGAAUCCGUUACAGACAAGCAAGUGCGCGAUGAUGUCAUAAAAUAUGAUAUAAAUAUUUUACCAGAUAUGUUGCCCUUAUAUUACAAACGCCUGUUUCCACAUAAACCAUUCUACAGAUGGCUAUCAUAUGGACUGUCCGAAGAAGAUGUCUUUAGAAAUCGAGAAUUCUCUUUUACUUUACCUGAUGAUGUCUAUAGGCGUUAUAUAAGCUAUGAGACCCAAAGUGACAUGGAGAAACAUAUUUGCAAGAAAUGUCCCCACAAAAUUGACAUUGGUGCUGUAAUGAAUAGAAGGCCAAGAAAUCGUCGUACUAUGUUUAUGGCAAUGGAUCCUGUGCAACGAGAAUUAGUUUUCGAUAUUGAUAUGACAGACUAUGAUGAUGUGCGUACAUGUUGCAAUGAAGCAAAUGUGUGCCAGAAAUGCUGGAAAUUCAUGACUGUCGCUGUUCGUAUACUGGAUGCUGCAUUACGUGACGAUUUUGGUUUCGAACACAUAUUUUGGGUGUUUUCUGGGCGUCGCGGAAUUCAUGCUUGGGUAUGUGAUUCUGCUGCUCGACAUUUGGAUGCUCGUAGUCGUUCGGCAGUGGCAGAAUAUUUGCAGUUGAUAACUCACUCGAGUACGAAUGAUGGUACUAUAUCGCGUGUACAUAUAGGUGAUCGGAUGCAUCAUAGUGUUAAACGUGCCUUUAAGAUUGUAGAAGCUCUAUUUGAAGAAAUUAUAAUUGAAGAUCAAAAUUUGUUUAGCACUCCUAAGGGUAUAGCAACACUGCUGCACAUUAUUCCUGAUGAGAAGGCUAGAAAAGACACUGAAGACUACUUGCGAAAAACACACGAUGACGGAGCGCAUUCACGUGCGGUGUGGUCGUCUUUUGUGCGAUACGCAAAUUCAAUGCGCAUUAGUACGGCAAACAUAUGGGGCCGUAAAUUAAAACAUAUAGUUGAGGAAGUUCAAUUAGCAAUGUUAUACCCCCGUUUGGAUAUUAAUGUCACCAAAGGCAUGAAUCACUUGCUUAAAGCACCUUUUUGCAUACAUCCAUCCACGGGCAAAGUUUGUGUUCCAUUUAGUGCAAGCGCUGUUGCUAAAUUUAAUCCUUGCACUGUGCCGACUAUUGCACAGUUGCUACAGGAAAUUAGUGCUUUUGAUGAUAAAUCCAAAAGUAACGAAGAAACCGAGGACAAAAGCCGCAUCAAAGACUACAAAAAAACUAGCAUGUUUAAAGGGGUUGUGGUUUUUGAAGAGUUUCUGCGAAAACUUGAAAGUAGUUUUAAAUCAAAAGCAAUUGAGAUUAGCGAUCAGAAAAUGGAAUUUUAAAAAUUUUAAAAAUUAACAAUAGAAAUAAUAAGUAGAAACGUGGGGUGAUCGAUCGAUGUCAUAGUUCAGUCAAUUUAGAAAUCUGCUGAAGGAACAGUUACUUAUAACUAAAACGUAAUAGAUGACAUUUCCCACGCCUACAAUAGGAAAAAUUAAGUUUAUUCUAGAAAUAAUUAUU